AUGGUGAACGACAAUUGUCCCCCAAUGGAGAUUAGGAAUGAUAUGGGGGUUCGUGUGUAUAUGGAGACCAAAAAGGAGAAUAAAAAUUUAGGUUCAUAUCCGUUAUGUAUAAGUGUACGAGAUUUCAAUAUGGAAUUGGCAAUCACCAACGAUAACACAAGUGCAGGUUCAUCUGGAUCCAUAAAGUUACUUGAUAUUCCAUCAUCUCCAGCUAUAGAGGAAUAUCAAAGUGAAAUAAUAACAGAAUCUACGCAAACUGCUAUUGAAGAAGGACAAGUGUAUCGGGACAAACAAACUGUAGCUGCUGCAAUGAAGCACUUUUCUGUGAUGCACAAGUUCCAGUUCAGAGUUAAAAGAUCUAGUCGUAGAAGCUACUGGCUUGUAUGCGUUGGUGAAAACUGUAAAUGGCACUUCAAGGCAACGUCAAUUAAUGAUUCCGCAAUGUUCAAGAUAAGGAGUUUCAACCGACAACACACAUGCUCCCUAAUGGACGAAACAUUCAUACAGCGCAAACGUACUGCAUAUGUAGUUGGUAGCAUGGUAAUUCCAAAAUAUUAUGAUCCUAAGACUGUUUACACACCAAAGGACAUACAGACUGACAUGUUAUUCGAACACGGAGUGAACCUAAGCUACAUGCAAGCAUGGAGAGCAAAGGAAAAGGCUUUACAGUUUCUGAGAGGGAAUCCGGCUGACUCCUACAGCAAAUUAUCCAAAUAUUUUUAUAUUCUUAAUGAGACUUAUCCUGGUUCAGUUGUUAAAUUGGAAAAGACAGCAGAUGAAUGCUUCUUAUACGCAUUUGUUGCUCUUUGUACAUCAAUAAGUGGUUGGCAACAUUGUAGGCCAGUAGUAGUGGUUGAUGGGACAUUCUUAAAGUCAGUCUACAGGGGGAUUAUGCUGACAGCAAGCACCAUGGAUGCAGCAGGAACAAUAUUGCCCUUGGCAUAUGCUGUGGUUGAUUCUGAAAACGACGCAUCUUGGAAGUGGUUCUUUGAGCAAUUCAAGCAGGCAUAUGGUGAAAGACUUUCAAUGUGUGUUGUUUCAGAUAGGAAUGAGAGUAUACUGAAGGAAACAUCAAUUGUCUAUCCCACACUACUCUUGCAUGUGGCAUAUUUGGACAAAUAUAAGGUCAAAAUUCAAGAAGGGUCAUCUACAAUUGCAUGA